AUGCCUACCCGGAGUCGAAAGCAUUGCGAGAGCAUGCGAAAUACAGAGUGUAGCAUAGCAAUCCGAGCUCAACGAGGGAUUCGAUGGGCGCCUCAUCGUUGGGCCUCAAUCGAAGAGCCUACGGAUACAGAUCGCAGAUCUCAAUGCAAUGAGCCCCAGGUUAGCCUGGCCAGCCCGGAUCUUACGGUUUGGGACACCAGAGUUGAGAUGGCAGAGAUUGCGUCUCAAUGCGAGAGGAUAGGAGAUGGAGAAGGCCAUGAUGCAAACGGGCGUGCGGGUGAAACAUGGCCGUUUGGCGCCACACGGUUGGGAACUGGUGCACAGGCAAACGACCAAGUUCCAGAGUCACGACUAAUUCCCCUGCUUUCGACCUCUGAGCAUGCGGUAAUGUGUUGCGUUGCCCUUUCGCCGCAUCUCGUCCUUUCACACACACUCUCCGAACUGUCAAGUGUCAGACCUUCAGACCGUCAAGCAUCUCAGUGGGACGACACCCCAUUAUUCUCGCAAGAUGACUCGGACAUGGCGAUUUCCAAGAGAGUGUGGCGCAUGACUCUCCAAAGGACCAAUGAGGAUGGCGUGGAGAUCUCACAGGACAGCCAGGGCACGGCGCACGCAGGGUUUACUGGGGGUUGGUCUUGGACUUCUUGGAAGUCUCGGCGCCGCGGAGGCCAUCCACAGAAAGUCAGAGAUAUUUGA